UGCAAAACUCUGUCACGAGUCCUUCCCGUGGCCCACCUCCUCGGAUGGGUACAUUCUCAUGAGCCCAUUGUAGCGUCUACUACACAUCGAAACCACCAUCAGUAAUUUAAUCACACCAAACAUGGAUCAAAGCAAUUCAGAGGAUGUGAUGAUGAGGAUCUGGGGAAGGAGUACAUGGAAUCUCCAAGGGAGAUGUACCGACGACGUUACGAUACCCACGGCCUUUUUUUGUCUUACCGCUAUACCGGCGGCUAUUUUGUUACUACGAACUUUGACUAUGCGUUUGCAUACAUAUCCAAAGUUCUCGGACUUUUUUCUAGAGGGUCUCACUAAAAGUUGGGAGAUUUGCUGGCUGCAGCCGUCUCUUGCAUUUGCGACUUCUCUUUUCGUCGGCGUAGAGCUUUGCUCACCAUACUUCGAUUCGUUUUGUCACUCUUCACUACCCGCCCUCUCUGUUUCCUGGGAAGGAGGAUAGGAUAUAGGGAUGAUACCAUGUUUUCACUAGCACGAUAUGACGGGUCUGCUUCCUUUGGCGUUCAA